AUGCUGAUUCCGUGUCGUUCACUUGUUGGCUCUAUCUUUUGUCGAACUAUUUCGUCACGAGCCACUCAACCAACUCUCUACGAAACAUUAAAAGUGAUUGAAACGUCACCAGAUGUUUUUACUCAACCAGCCGAUACUCUUUUCGUCUUUCCAAAUCGUUCAAGUGUUUUCGGUGGUCAAAUUAUCGGCUCAGCAAUGUACGCUGCACAGAAGACAUUAACAAAAAACUAUCCAUUACAUAGUCUUCACUCAUAUUUUCUCUCGGGAGCAGAUAAUUCCUCGCCAAUAUCCUAUACAAUUCAAAGAUUGCGUGACGGAAGAUCGUUCGAAGUACGAAGUGUCACCGCUCGACAAGACAAUCGAGUAGUUUUUCAAUGUGAUAUGAGUUUUCAUCAGCAAGAGCAGAGCAAUCUGGAAUAUCAACCAUCUUCACCCGUUAAUAACAUUCAGCAACCGGAAGAGUUACUCUCGUUUUUCCAACGUAUUCAAAAUCUUCUGAAUGAUCCUCGCGUCAAACCAGAACUACGACCUCUAAUCGAAGCAGCCUUAGAAAUGCCGUUACCGCUCGAUAUACGCUAUUGUGAUCCGCGUGAUCUUCUUCAACCAGAACCACGAUGGCCGGCACGAAAAUUGGCCUGGAUGAAAUCGUUGGAUCCUCUACCAAAUGAUCCACAUUUGCAUCGGGCAGCCAUCGCCUAUGCCAGUGAUUGGGUCCUGCUCAGUACUGCCCUUCAACCCUUCAACAUCAACAAAUAUAGUCUACGAGUGAAAAUGCAAGCUUCACUUGGUCAUACGAUGUGGUUUCAUGAUUCCUUCGAAUUUCAACCGCCGAUUAAGGAUCCAUCAUUGACUAAGGACGAAUCUUUCAAGCCGGUUCGACGGAGUCCAUUAAUGCCACCACCUCCCGAGAAAUUGCCCAUUCAUGCCGAUGAUUGGCUUCUCUACGAAUUAAUAUGUCCAGUCGCAACAAAUAAUCGAGCACUGGCCUUUGGUCGAAUAUGGACUCGUAACGGUCGUUUGAUUGUUUCCUGUGCUCAGGAAGGUGUCAUUCGAUAUGAAUAA